AGGUUACUUAAAAUAUCCAACAGUAGAGCCACCAUGGCUUGACGACAGGAAAACUAGGACAUCCGUACCUACCCCCUAUGAUAUCGCCAUCAAAAUUGUUGUUCUCUUUUAGGAUCAUAAGAUCCAAUCCUAGCAAUACGGAUGUACUUUUAUCAUUAAGACAACACGAACCAUUCGACAGAACAAAAAUGGAGGAUGGAAAUAGAUCCCAGGGCUUUAACGAGUCACAUCCUAUCUUAGCACCUAAAUGGAGUUCUGCCCGAAAGAACCGUCUUCUACUCAGCGGUACUCGACUCAUUUUUAACUUAAUUCGACUAGGCCUCUUAUUAGGUUUCAACUCCUAUUUUGGGAUCGUAUUGAUACCUGAUAUUUCCAUUAAUGGAUUUCUAGUAUUAUGGGAUAUAUUAGAACGUUUUUGUUUCAAGAGCGAUACCUCUCACGCCACGAUAUCCACGAUAUCUGUCGCUACCGAGGCGGUUAUACCACCUGGUAUAAUUGUCUUCAUGGGUAUUACUCUCUGGCAAUUAAUUAAACCACAGACAAUCAGGGAUGUGGAUGAUGGGGUUGAUUAUGAGGUUAUUGAACCAUCUCCAGUGGCCUAUGACAUAAUAACCGAAAUAUCUAUGGCCAUCCUAUGGGCCCCGGUGGUGUUCCUCAGCGGGAUCUUGUUCUACCAUCUAUUAAGAGGCUACGUCCGGAAAUGGCGUGAUCACAAGCUUCGCCCUAUACUCAUGUUUACCCAAACGGGAGACCCGGUUGCUAUUAUACCAAGAGUUCAACAUCCCAACGAUCGGGACCGGGAAUCGAGAGGCUCUAUCGACUCUUUGAUACAGACUUCCGGAGAAUCUGCGUUAUAAGAAGCCCAAACCCCUUCAAGCCUUGCGAGUCGAGUCUAUUGAUGCUAUUGAGUUGACAAUUCCAUUGGAGCUUUAUCUGAGAAGUACCUAUGCGGACGGAUCUGGGAUGUACAUUGGGUCCUUUUUAACACCGGGCGAAUACCUCCAUAGGUGUACCUAAUUCUAUACUGCUUUCUUUUGGGGAUUAGUGGUGUAUUGCUUUGGCGUUGACAGGAACUUGGGUGUGUCUGCCUUUAAUUCGUAGAGAAUUGUGAUACAAUUUACCUAAGGCACAUCUUGUACUACAAGUACGCAGAUGUGUCAUGUACUGUCACUUGGUGACUCACCAGUUAGUGAUUUUGAG